AGACAGUAUAUAGGGUUUGACUCCGCCAGAUGGGUGGAAAACUGGAGCUCGCGAGAUCAGGACGGUCUGACGAGGCUAGAAAAGGUUAGUGAGGAAAGCAAACAAACAACUGUGAGAGCGACUGAAGACUGCUAGAAACGUUUUGUCACCGCCCCCUCCUGCUACUGCUGCUGCCGCCUCAUCAGACGAACGCGAACGCGGCGCGCCUCCGUUCGCGUAAAAAACCUUUGGCUCCGUUUUUGUCGGACUGAAGAGUCGGUGCAUGUAGACAACCGAGUUAUUACAGCUAACUUCAUUUUAAAUCCUUCCCAGAACUCAGUGAAAACAACAUCAAACUGUCAAAGAUGGCUGAUUACGAAACCAUCGUUUUCUUUGACCUGGAGACCACUGGAUUAGACACUGCAUCGUGUCACAUCACCCAGCUGUCGGCCGUUUGUGAAGAGAACGAAUUUAACGUCUACACCCUCCCCCGCCGGCCCAUCGAGCCGCGCGCCAGCGAGCUGACGGGCUUCACCGUCUAUCGUGGCCGGCUGUAUCUCUGUGGAACACUUGUUAGGACCGUCUCUCUCGUUCGUGCUCUCAAGUCUUUCAUCAACUUCCUGAGCGACUUCCGCGGCCCCGUGCUGCUGGCGGCCCACAAUGCAAAGAGGUUUGAUGCACUCAUUCUCAGCAGAUUGCUGCGAAGGUUCUCCCUCUGGCAGAGGUUCCAGCAGGUGGUGUCUGGGUUUGUGGAUACCUUAAUGCUAAGCAGGAACUUGUAUCCUCGUCUGGGCAUCAAGUAUUCUCAGGGUUCUCUGGUCGACUACUUCCUGGAAGAAUACUACGAUGCCCAUAAUGCAUUGGAGGACGCCAAGAUGCUGCAGAAGCUGUUCAACUUUUGGGAACCCGACAGCUGGGACGUUGCGGACGUUACCUUCCCCACUGAAGAAUUUUAAAAAAGCUACAGAAAACAACAACAAUCAGGCCACAACAACUAAACCAUGUAAUUCCAGUUGGUUGGUUGGUUGGACAGACUGAUAUUGUGAACUUUAAGAAGAAAAUGACGUUUGAAAUGAUGUUUGAAAGUAGUUUGAAUGUCUUUUCCAGUUCCAACACAUUGAGUAUCUUGAAACAUUUAUGAUCCUUUUCAAUAUACGAUGCACCGUUAAAGUUGCCCUGUUACUGUAUGUGACAUACAUAUACGGUUUCUCACUCAAACACAUUGUGUGUAUCCUUGAGGCCUAAUGAAACAAAGAUGAUUAUUUUAUAUAUAUUUUAAAUUCAGUAUUUUUAACAUCCACACUCACUAGCUUGUAGUCUGUUUCUUCACUGACUUUGCUGGCAAAUGUUUUGCGUUUCCUUGCAUGUUACAGCCACCAACAAGAAUGUGUGUCCAUUGCCACAUCCUACAGGGUACCUUUUUAAUGGAGCAUAUCCUACACUUUGUUUGGGUGAUUAGCAGCAUCUGCCUCAUUUGUGUAUUACAAUCACUGGCUCAUUCAUCAGCUAUUUGGCUACCAGCGGACUAGUAACAGCCAGUCAUAUUUAUGCAGAUGUAUGGAGCAGCCAUUAAAAGUACACAAGAGUA